UCAUCAGUCAGCACGGCCCUCUCUCUCUCUCUCUCUCUCUCUCUCUCUCUCUCUCCCCCUCUGUCCCUCCCUCCCACGGACACCCCCACAUUCACUCUCUUCCCUUGUUGCGAUCUGUCCAUCUCCAGCAGCGCAUCUAUUUCUCUCUUCCCCCCCCCUCCUCCUCCUCAUCUUGACACACGGUCAUGUCCGCACACGGCGCCGACGGGGACGUGCUGCUGCGCAUCCCCCUGGGGCUCAUCAACGGCGGCGGCAAGUAUCUGACGGCGGAGACGUUCGGCUUCAAGAUCAACGCGUCGGCCGGCAGCCUGAAGAAGAAGCAGACGUGGACCCUGGAGCAGACGGGCGAGGACGGCAGCGCCGUGUUCCUGCUCUCCCACCUGGGCCGCUACCUCGCCGCGGACAAGGACGGCAACGUCCGCGCGGACAGCGAGACGCGCGGCCGCGACUGCCGCUUCGCCGUCACCGCGCACGAGGACGGCCGCUGGUCGCUGCGGUCGGAGCCGCACGGCCGGUUCCUCGGCGGCACCGAGGACCGCAUCACGUGCUUCGCGCAGACGGCCUCGCCGGCGGAGCGCUGGAGCGUGCACCUGGCCGUGCACCCGCAGGUCAACCUGUACAGCUUCGCGCGCAAGCGCUUCGCGCACCUGAGCGCGCGCGGGCACGAGGUGUCCACCAGCCGCGACGUGCCGUGGGGGGUCGACUCGCUGGUGACGCUGGUCUACCGCGAUCGGCGCUACCACCUGGAGACGUCCGACAACCGCUUCCUGCGCAGCGACGGCAGCCUGGCCGCCGCCACGGACGAGGACACCGGCUACGUGCUGGAGUUCCGCUCCGGGAAGGUGGCGUUCCGCGACUGCGGCGGCCGCUACCUGGCGCCCUCGGGCCCCACCGGCACCAUGAAGUCCGGCAGGGGCGCGCGCGUCGGGAAGGACGAACUGUUCGGCCUGGAGCGCAGCCACGCGCAGGUCGUGCUGACUGCGGGCAACGAGAGGAACGUGUCCACGAGGCAAGGCAUGGACCUGUCGGCCAAUCAGGACGAGGAAGGGGACCAGGAAGUCUUCCAGUUGGAGAUGAGCCGCGAGGACAGGAAGUGUGCCUUCAGGACGGCUGCUGGGAAAUACUGGACGCUGACGGCAACCGGAGGACUGCAGUGCACUGCCUCCACCAAAUCAGCCAACAGCUUCUUUGAACUGGAGUGGCGUGACGGUCGCGUGUGUGUGCGCGCGGCUAACGGCAAGUAUGUGAUCGCCAAGAAGAACGGGCAGCUGGCUGCAACUGUUGACAACGCAGCUGAGGCUGAACAGUUCCUGAUGAAACUGAUCAACCGUCCAAUCAUCGUCCUCCGCGGGGAGCAUGGCUUCAUCGGGGUUCGCAAAGCCGGAGUGGCGACGCUGGACUCCAACCGAGCGUCCUACGACGUUUUCCAGCUGGAGUUCCACAACGGAGCCUACUCCCUUAAAGACUCCCAGGGGAAGUACUGGUGCGUCGGCGACGACACGGCGGUGGCGUGCAGCAGCUCCACACCUGUCCAGUUCCUGUUCGAGUUCUGCGACCUCAACAAGAUGGCCAUCCGCACGCUGGGCGGGAAGUACCUCAAAGGAGACCACGCCGGGGGGCUGAAGGCCAGCGUCGACUCCCUGGACAGCGCCACCCUCUGGGAGUACUGAGAAAGCGCGGCCAGACUUCCAUGAUCUGACAACAAUGCUUCACGCUAUUCAUAGAUACUGUAGGUAGCUGUUUUUCUGUUUUUAGGUUUUUUUUGCACAUAUUUUGUAUGUAUACACUCGCGUGCGUGUAAUUGUGAAUUUGUCUGGAUGAAUGCGUGGUUGAAAACCGAAGCUGAUAAACUGGAAGUCGUGGCACCAAAGGGUGCUCCAUUUAGUUUUUAUCUUAAUCAUGGUCUCUUCUUACUGGGCUUUUUACUGGAGAUUUGAAUCAAAUAUUUCUUGCUGUUCUGACGUGUUUGAUAAACGAGAAUCAUGGUGUGGUCGCACAUUGGUUGUUUCGAUUACAGUCAACUUUACACAAGCUGUACCUGAUAAUAUUUUCACAGCGAUUCCUGUUAUUGGUCGUGCCUAUCUGUGGUAACUACUGGUGAGAACGCUCUAACUCAUAACUCACAAUAUCUAACCUUCUUGUGUUAAACGUGCUGCUGGCUGUAUUGCGCUGCUCUCAUCUCCUGAUGUUCUCUAUUAAACUAUUAAGCAUAACACGCAUCAGAUAAAGGGAUGUCGCCGAUAGACAUGAUUCUGCUGUAAAUAAUGCCUUCAUCGUCACUGAAUGCUUUUUCCCGCCUGUGUGCUCUCCGGCUUUGCUUCUUCGGUCUUCAAUGUGCAGGCGGACGACAUUCGUUUGAACGGCUUCAUCCUCAAAAAGGAGUCUUCUUAGUUACGAUGCGAACAACAUAAUGAAAUGGAGGUGGUGGAUAGGGCCUCGUUACCGCACACUCAAAUGCACACGGAUGCACACAAAAAUGCAGUCGUGGAUGCUACAAUUCCAAACGUCUGUGACUCCAAAUCUGCACAAUAGUGUCGUGUCCAUUUGAAAGAAGUUAAAAAGCACAUUGUCUGUUGUGAUCGUCUGCCUUAGAUUGGAUGCUGCUGCUGCUGCUGCUGCUGGUGUAUGAACACAACGAUAGAGUCGGUCGUCUCUCUGCCUAUUGUUGUGGCUGUGCCUUCCAUAUAGGAUUUCAGUCUUUUCCUUUUGUCAUGUUCGUACAUUUGAACUGAACUGAGUAAAACCAACCAAUAAAGUUUUACCUCUGAACAGUG